AGUGAACUAAAUAUUACCGGUGGAGCAAAGCAUAGCCGCUCGAGCUCAGACGGUCAAAGCUUAUUUCUAUAAAUGGAGAAAUAUGUCUGUGCUGUUGCUGAAAGAGGCCCAAGUCUGAAGGAGAAAGGAAUGGAGAAGAUCAAAAUCACGUGGGUUUUCGUCUCCCAUUGCUUCAUCUUGCUGCUAUCUGCGCCCAUAUCAUUAGCUGAAGAACAAGUUGACAUCAAAAGGUCGGAUUUUCCACAUGGGUUUUUCUUCGGAGCUUCCACUUCUGCAUAUCAAAUCGAAGGAGCAGUUCAUGAAGAUGGUAAGGGCUUGAGCAACUGGGAUGUUUAUUGCCGGAUUCAAGGUAACAUAGCGGAUGGUACGAGUGGUGAUAUAGCUAAUGAUCAUUACCAUCGGUACAUGGAAGAUAUUGAGAUAAUACAUUCACUUGGGUUGACUGCUUACCGCUUUUCGAUUUCAUGGAGUAGAGUACUUCCUAGAGGAAGACAUGGUGGGGUUAACCAAGCUGGUAUCACCUUCUAUAACAGUAUUAUUGAUAAUCUCCUACUCAGAGGUAUACAGCCUUUUGUGACGAUUUUCCACAAUGAAUAUCCUCAAGAACUUGAAGACCGAAUCGGGGGCUGGCUCAGUCCUGUAAUGCAAGAAGAGUUUGUCCAUUUUGCCGAGACAUGUUUUAAACAUUUUGCUGAUCGGGUGAAGUAUUGGAUGACUAUCAACGAGCCCAACUUACUCGCAGAAGUGACAUAUGAAAGAGGACUGUUCCCUCCAGCUCGUUGUUCGCCUCCUUUUGGUCACUGUGCCGGUGGGAAUUCAGAUGUUGAGCCUUUGAUUGCGGUGCACAACAUGUUGUUGGCACAUGCCAAAGCGGUUAAAUUGUAUCGUGAGCAGUAUAAGUCCAAAGUGAAUGGUGUAAUAGGCAUCACCGUCUGUGCAUACAUGUACACACCACUGACAGAGAGCGAGGAUGACACGGAAGCUGCAAACAGGGCCUUAGCUUUUAAUGCUGCUUGGAUGUUGGAUCCGCUAGUAUUUGGGGAUUACCCUCCAGAAAUGAAGCGUUAUCACGGAAGCGAAUUACCAAGCUUUUCUUCAGAGGAAAGAGAGCUUUUAAGAGACAGCAUAGACUUUAUGGGGAUAAACCACUACGGCACACUCUAUGCAAAGGAUUGUAUCCACUCCAGUUGUGUGUGCAAUGAUUCUGUUUAUACCCUAGGUAGCGACCGACUGAUCCGUGGGUUUGUCUACACUACUGGAGAGCGCAAUGGCGUUCCAAUUGGGGAACCAACAGGAAUGUCUCAAUUUUUUGUGGUUCCGAGAGGCAUGGAAGAUAUUGUGAACUAUAUGAAGGAGAGGUACCAUAACAAGCCAAUGUUCGUCACUGAAAAUGGUUAUUCCUCUCCGGGCAACGAAGAUGACGUCUACCAGCAUGAUGUCAAGAGAAUCCAUUAUCAUCAGUUGUAUCUUGCAUCUCUUGCUCAAGCUGUGAGGAACGGGGCUGACGUGCGAGGCUAUUUCAUAUGGAGCUUGAUGGAUAACUUUGAAUGGUCAAGCGGAUACGCCUUGAAGUUUGGAAUAUAUCGCAUCGAUCCUCAAACAUUAAACAGGAUUCCAAAACUAUCUGCUACUUGGUACAAAGAUUUCUUGAGCAAUUCCAGUCUUGGUGUUGCAGAAUUGUCUAUUACAGUUCCAGAUGAGAACAAAGAUGUUCACUCUGAAUAAGGAAAUAUACAUUAUGCAACAUCCUAUGUUUCUUUGUUUUUUUCCCUAAAAAAACUAUUAAAUUUUCAUGGCAUUAAAAUUCAACCUAUCAUCUUUUGCUCGAGAAACUUUCUGAUUCCACGGAUGCUAAAUAAUAGCAUAUAUAUUUAUGAUG